AAACGGGGGUGAACGCGCGGUCGCAUUCAAGUUACCCUGAGGAAGUGUGCAAUGUCAUAACUUAGGCUCCCCGUGCCCAGGCCGACACGCUCAGGAUGAACAACCAACAGAUUUGGAUCUCCGGUUUCUUCUCCAACAGCNGGGGGCCCCAUGACCAACAGAGUCAAGUGGCCAUCGUCGGAUGGAUCGGUCCGUCUGCAUCCAGAUGGCAAAGGUGGCGCUUUUGGGCCGCUUAUAGGCCGUCGGACGGCCGUCGUGCGCAACAUUUAGGAUGGAUCAACCACCCCCCACAUUGCUACCCUUACGCUGCUCCCUUUCCUACUAGUCCCCCGGGGGCCUCGCACUACAUUGUUGUAGCACAAAUGAUCGACCGUGAAAUUCUGUUUGCGAACGCCAAAUCAUUACUAACAAAAAGAAAACCAGUUACUGAAAUAUUCAGCGUAAGCGGAUCGAUUUCAGACCAUGUCGUCGAGGCGCCGCGGGGCACCCCCGGGGUACAAUCUCUUAACAUACAGUGUUUGGAAUGCCCCGUCUUGCGUGGCGAGCACAUUUACGUAUUUCUGGAGUGGACUGUCACAUUUCGGAAGCUUACUCAGUGGUCAAGAGCGGGCAUUCGUGGUUUUCAUCAUUCUCCUCUCCCGCGUGGGACGCCAGCCGUUCUCUGCUUAUCGAGCCGGCCUCAAACGCCGCACCGGUCUGAGACUGGGCAUACACUCUUUACUGCCCUCCUUUUAUAUCCUGCAAAAGUCUACGCUCUGUCGCGGCGUCUUCUGGGUGAGAUCAACUGGUCCGUUUUUCAAGCCAGCGCGGGGAACCCACCUUCGAAGGACCCCCUCCUGUGAUCUUCGCCCCCUUUCAUCGCCUCGGUCCCCAAUGACAAUAGCAGGUAUCUCGAGACCCUGUGAUAGUGAUACAACUCACUCCGCUCCUUCUCCCUGUGUAUGGGACGAGUUAUCUCGAUUUCCGUCCGACGCACUUCGGGACCUUCGAGCGACGAAAUGACAUUCUCGUUCACAGCUCCUCCAAAUUCUGUAUAAAGGCUGUAAAGCGAGUACCGCCGUGUAGAGGUCAAUGAGGGCAACAUCCUCAUCCUGUCAAAGAAUCCCAAACUCGUCCACAGCGGGACUCGUUGCCUUUACUUUCACCUUUUCUUACUACCCUGAGAUUCAUGGUUUCCGCUCAGGGUAAUAAUAAGACUGUGCACAGCCGU